ACAGCGAUCCAGCUUCUCCCUCUCCUGCCCAGCUGGGUUAAAGCAGCCAGUGGGUGGGACACAGCUUUCAUUGGUUUUCAUUCGCCGUCGCCACCUGGAACCAAACCCACUAAUCAGUGCAGUUUGACCAGCAAACCUUCAGAUAUGGAGGCAGUUAAUUCUAUGUUGCAACACUCGUAUGGUCUGGGCCCACCACAUGGAGCUCAGCGGGCCCAGGGGCCCAGCCCGUCCGGUCCAGGACCAGCUCCAGGAGUGUGUCCUGAGGAGCAUCACCAGCAUAACCAGCAUAACCAGCAGCACCAGCAGCACCAACAGCACCAGCAUAACCAGCAUAACCAACAGCACCAGCAUAACCAGCAUAACCAACAGCACCACAAACCGUUCUUCUUCAUACAGCCAUCGCAGCCAUACCUGCCCAUGCAGAGCCUGCAGUGGCCUGUGCCCAUGCCCAUGCCUGUGGCCUACAACCCCUUCUAUGGCUUCCCUGGUCUCGGCUACGGCAUGCCGGUGAUGCCACACUAUCAGGCGAACCCCUGCCUGGAGCCACCCGGCUUUGUUCUACCCCACUCCCAUCUCCAUCUGACAGACUACAGGCGCAUGCUCAACCCCCAGUACUACCAGACCAUGGCCUACCACUCCCGCAGGUUCCGCUACCAGCAGAACGCUCCCGCUAGAGAAAUGACCAGCUCUGAGGUCCAAACGGAGCCGCUGUCGGCCCCCCAGAGGACCAGCACCCCAACUUCCAGUGCUGCUGAAGCCUCUAGUGUUCUCCCAGUGUGUAGCAGUGAUGCGCACCCCGCCAGCCAGGCGCUUUCACCAGUCUUGGCUAUGCAGGAGGAGGACCGUUCUCUGGAGGUGACGUCUUCCACGCCGCCACAAAAUGGCGGCUUUGUGAUUCAGACUGAGGAGGUGAGGAUUGAAUGCUGCGCUACACCAGUAGGACUGCAGCUCCUGCACGCUCACAAGACAGCAGAAAUGUCCCACGCUUAUUCCCAAGAUGUUGUCCAGUGCAGCUCCAUCCUCCAGGGUCAUGUGCUGCAGGAUGACGGACUGGGCCUUUCUGCAGACCAGUCGGAGCAAGCGCUUCAAGCCUGUCCUGACAUCCUCCUCGGUGGGACGUCCAGUCCUGGAGACAAGGUCCCUGCUCUGGAGGAGACGCAGCCAAACCUGAAGGGCGACUUUGAGAAUGAUCCAAGAACAGUUUCCAAAAAUUCUGACUUUAAAGUUGUUCAUCUUCCCUUUGACCCAAACUACUUGGACGAGCUGCGGAGGAUGGAGUCCACUGUUUGGUCAGUGGAAGAAACUCUGGUUCCUGCCCCUGAAUCUCUGGUCCAGAGCAGCUGCACAGACUCUCCUGAUGAAAUGGCUGUCGUGCCCUCAGCAGAUAUGCUAAUAAUAGAAGAUCUUCCUACAGACGACGUUGUCCCUAGAGUUGACCUGGAGGACAUGGUCCCCACUGGGGAUGAGAUGGUGUUUGAAGCUUUGUGUUCUGUAGUGGAUGUUGCAGAGGAAGCUCCUGUUACGAAGACCUCACACACAGCAGAGGUGGAUCUUGGCCACAGUUUGCUCAUGUUAGAAAACCCUCCCCUUAAUACAGAGGUAUACAGAAACCAACUUAAAGAAGCCUUCAAUGUUCAGGACCACCAGGAUACUUCCUUUGAGUCCUUACCAGCGUACCUUCCCUCGACGAGCUGGCUGGCGGACUUUGACAAUGUGCAUUACUGCAGCAAGAAGAUGCCACCAACUCCCAAGAAGCAGAACAGACCUCUGUCCAACCGUGGCUCGGACGUGUCUAAUCGUGGAUUGGACGUCCCGAGCCGAAGAAGAAAGCUCGACCUCGAGUACAAGAACCAGUCUAAACCUAGAGAGAGGUACAAGCCCAAAGGCAAGGGCAGCCAGCGCAGCCUCUCUGACCAUGAAUGCUGCCUGAGCAGAGGUUUCAACGAGAACGCCUUCUCCACAUACGUGUCUAACAUGGAGCGACUUUGCUCCAGAUGUCUGGCAAAACACAGGGUUUGCACAUCUACUGGUCCAGCAUUUGAAGGACGAAGCCUGAAAAGGAAAGCGGCUCCCUUCCAUCAGUGGAAUGACGCUUUCUUGCCAACCUGUGAAAGCUGUAAAUCUCACAGGAAGCGGCGUCUGAUGAGAAAAGGCUCCAAUCCUGACGUUCGCGUUGUGUAUCAUGGACGCGACACUGAAGGCGAAUCGUCUGAGAACACCUCCUGCCACAUGACUCAAAAAUGGAGGACCGGCGACGACCCCAGGAAGCCAGCAGACGUCACAAGACCGCUGGCCUCCAAACAGAACCUGGAGAGGUAUCCCACAGCAACGUACCCGAGGCUGAGGGAGAAGAACUGCCUGCGUAACGAGCCGCAUCACGCCGGUGCCCGGGAGAGACCGCACCGCUGUCCCCACGGCAACGCCGUCAGAGAAAUGGACGAGAACUGCGUCCUGUCGCCUCCUUUUCAGGACAAACGGAGGAACAGGGACCAGGUUUAUGUGACGCACAGAUGGCAAAUCGCAGAAAAGUCAUGCAAACCGGUGAUGCCAAACCCAGAUGGCUCCAGCAAUGAAGCCAGAGCACAGAACAAACACAGGAAAUCACACGCACAAGGAAUUCUUAGAAAAGACACAAGAUGUUGAUUUGCACAAGAGCACAAUUUAGGAAAAAGCACUUUUAAAGAAAUGUCCACUUUUAAUUUAAGUAUUUUCACUUAAUAUAUUUAUAAUAAAUCACUAUGUUCACUAUUUAUUCAUAUUUAAAUAAACACAACUUUGAUAUAAGUCAA